GAGGAGGAGCAGGAAGAAGAGGACGCAGCUCAGGCAGACGAACAGAGCAGCCCCCCCGGUGGAUCACGGAGCUGCUGCAGCCGGAACCCCAAGCAGCGCAGCCGGAGCCAUGGCCGACGAAAGCACCCGAACCACGGCCUGCACCGGCUCCAGCCUCCUGCAGCCGGUCAGCGAGAUGACCAACCUGCCGCUGGAUCAGGUCAACUUCGUGGUGUGUCAGCUCUGCGCUCUGAUCUCAGCCUUCUGGUUUCGUCUCUUCCUCCAUCCCAGUAAAACCAGUCCUUUCAUUAGACAUGUGGUGGCCACUGUGCUGGGGCUCUACUUCGCCCUGUUCUGCUUCGGCUGGUAUGCGCUUCACUUCCUGCUUCAGAGCGGACUCACCUACGGCAUCAUGAUCCUGACCGGAGUCGAGCACAUGCACAAGUAUUGCCUCGUAGUGGCUCUCAGCUACCUGAGUCUGUGCCAGAUCACUCGAGUCUACGUCUUUGACUACGGCAUGUACUCUGCUGACUUCACAGGUCCCAUGAUGGUCAUAACUCAGAAGAUCACAAGCUUGGCCUUUGAGAUCCAUGAUGGAAUGGCUCGGAAGGAAGAACACCUGACCGCCGGACAGAAGAUCUUAGCCAUAAGGCGAAUGCCGAGCCUUCUCGAGUAUUUCAGCUACAAUUGUAACUUCAUGGGGAUUCUGGCCGGUCCAACCUGCUCUUACAACGACUACAUUGCCUUCAUCGAGGGGAAACCGCAUCGCCACCGUGAACAAGAGGCCGACAAGUCCAAGACCAGACUGGGUCAAGGCGAGCCAUCGCCAAACAUGGAGGUGGUUCGUAAAGUGGCCACCUCCUUCUUCUGCCUGCUGGUCUUCCUGUCAGUGUGUAAAGUAUUUCCAGUGGAGCGAAACAUCGAGGACGACUUCAUUGCCAACACACCAUUCUAUGCCCAGGUGGUCUACCUGUACCUCUCCAUGCUAACCACACGACCCAAGUAUUACUUUGUCUGGACACUCGCUGAUGCCAUCAACAAUGCUGCUGGCUUUGGUUUUAACGGCUAUGACAGCAAUGGCGCACCCCGCUGGGACCUGAUCUCCAACCUGAGGAUACUCAACAUUGAGCUUGCCACCAGUUUCAAAGUUUUUCUUGACAACUGGAACAUUCAGACGGUGCAAUGGCUCAAAAGGGUUUGUUACGAGCGAUGUCCCUACCACCCAACAGCAGCCACGUUCAUCCUGUCCGCCAUGUGGCACGGCGCCUAUCCAGGAUACUACCUCACCUUCCUGACCGGCAUCGUCGUCACGCUGGCGGCCAGAGCGGUGAGACACAAAGUUCGGCCCCACUUUCUUCAUUCCGCGGCCCACAAACUGCUCUAUGAUGUCAUCACGUGGGCAGCCACUCAGAUCGCCAUCUGCUACACGGUGGUGCCUUUUGUCCUGCUGUCUGUGGGCCCGUCCCUAAAGUUUUACAGAUCGUGGUACUUCAGCCUCCACAUCAUGUGCAUCCUCUUGGCUGUAGCGCUGCCGGUCAAACCCAGACAUUUGCGCCUCAAAGAGCAGCAGAAAAGCUGCUCCCAGGAUGCAGGCCUGAAGCCCCUGGAGGCUGCAGAGACCCACAGUCACAAAGAGAAAGCCUCCUGAGGCCGGAGCCAGAAGCAUCUUGUAAAUUUCCAUGGACUUGUGUGGGAGGAUGUGAAGCCGGACGGACCGAGUGAUGCUCCUGCUGGACUAGGUACAGAAAAAAGGCCAAACCUGAUUAAUUUGCAUUCAGUGGGGGAUAAAAGUCAAAGCAGGCGCUGGGUUUCUUUUUCAUUCUUAAAGGAAUCUUGACUGCCAGAAAUGACAAUGAACAGACUCAAAAACCUGCCAUGUUUAAGAAUAUAAAUACCUAAUGUGAGUUUACAUGGAGAGCUGCGUGUGAUCAGUGCAAACUGCCUGAACUACCAUGAUUCUAAACCAACUCCCUUUUCUUACUUGUCAGAAACUUGACAAGUUUCUUUUCAUAAUAUGAUUAUAUGAAAAGAAAAAGGCGGAAAGUGGGAAUAUACAAUUUGAUGACACAGGGCUUGUGUGAAUAAAAUUCAGACUGAUUAAAGGAAAACUUUUAAAUAUUUUACAGAAGUUAGUUUUGGAAAAAGUGCCAAUGUUUGUUCACUCAGUCACCUUAUUUGUUCUAAAAAAAAGAAGAAGAAGAAAAGUCUUGACGUGUUUACAUGUGUAACUUUGGUUUAAAGUUCUUACUGAUGUGUUUCAUUCCAAAAAAUGAUGUGGUUUAAUAAGCAAAAGAUAAACAGCUUUACAAAACCUUCAGAAAUCAGCAGAUAAAGGUUUUCCUUUAAAGUUUGAUGAUUUUUAACAUAUUUUCCUUUCCAGUUGGGUUUGGGCUUGUAGCUCAGGAUGAUAAUAUUUUAUUCCUUUUACAGUUUGUCUCAUCUUUCAGACUCCGCCUCAUUACGUCAUUUAGCUCAGACACUGGGGAGAAAAAGCUGCUUGGUCUCGCUGCUAAUUAUUGUGGAUAAAACAAUAGACAUAAAAGAGUAGACACUACGGCUCUGUACAAGACAUGUUGUGAGUGGCAUUUUGAAACACUUGAGAGAUUUUACAGUGACCCUUUUAUAACAGCAUAUAUAUUUCUGAAAAAACAAAAUAGAUAGAGUUUGGUUAUUAUGACAAAAACUUAAUAAUUAAGAGGUUCGUUAUGUUUUAAGAGGUAAAUUAAUGUAAAUCUAAGUGCAUUUGAGUUUGUAUUGGUUAAGCUUAUUCUUAUUUGCAGAUAUUUUUGCCAGUAAUACUAAAUUAGUGUUUUAUUGUGAGUAAAACAAUUCAAUUUGUAAUUUUGCUGAAUGAAAUUUCAGGACAUUCGGUUUGCACACAUGCAUCUAAUAAUGAUCAUGGAGACCAUGCCACUCACAAUAUGGAGGACGCUCGGUCUGGUAAGGGCCUGGAAGCCAACAUGACGGUUACCCUUCUGUGUUUAUUGGUCGAAAAUGCUGAAGAAAACUUUAGAAAUUUUGAUUUUGUUUUGUUUUUUGUUUUCAUCAGAACCUGACUGAAUUAGAAUAACAUUAGAAAAGUCUUUAUUGACAACAAUACAAUCAGAUUUUUGUAUGAGGAUUUGACACCGUGGUGAGAUUCUAGGUUGUCUGGCUCCAUCACGUCAUAGAAUAUGACCUUUAAAGAUAAAACAGAAAAUAUUUUUCUGCAGUAAAUCAGUUUUAAAUCUGAAUUACAGAAAAUAUAUAAUAUUUGACAGGGCUUUUAAAACCAAGUAGAAAGAUGCUACAGCUUGGUGGGUUUUGCUAACUGCAUACAUUUCCACCUGCAAAACAGAAAAUAUGAUAAAUGAAAUAGUAUUUGACCAUGAAUUAUAGCAGUUGAUUUACAAUAGUCUCACUCUGGAAGUAGCGAUAAAAAGCUUGUAGAUUUAAAUAAAUUAGUUUCUCCAUCAAGGCUAUAUUUCACUUCCUGAAGGCCCAGUUUCUACAUUUGUUUAAGUUCAGGUGAGUGUUGGCUGUGACUCUCCGUUAAAGUUACGCUUUAGCCAUGAUUUUUAUUGGUUUCUCUCCGUUCCAUCAAUGUUUAAAACAGUUUUGUACCUGUUUUAAAGUGCUAUAUAAAUAAAUUUGACAUUGACAAUGUUUUCUCUGGGAGAUAAAAAAUACAGCUUAAGGAAAGUUUACCUAACCUUCAUUGUUUUAUUCAAAUAAAAUAAAUCAGUAUUGAACUGUUUGCUUUAAUGUCAGCUGGUGGUUUAAUUUAGCUAUAAUUGCUCAUAUUUUGAGCUAUUUACCAAACUGAUCCAUGUGUAAAUUUAGUCACCAAUAUUUUUGUUGUUUAAUUUAUUUUAACACUGAGUGUAGCUGAAAAUUUGUGCUGGAAUAGCUACUUUGUUUUUACUUUGGAGCUUCAAGCUUGCUAAUUGUUAGCAAUUUUAGGGAGCUAGCUAAAACUGUGUUCAAAUAAAAACCAGCUAAUAUUUGUCCUGCAAACCCUCACCUUAAAAUUUGAUAAAAAUAAAAAUAAAUAAAUAAACAGUAAUAAACUGAGUUGAGCUGGUUAAAGUUGUUAAUUUGGAUUUUGAGGACAAACAUUUGCUGGUUUUCUAACUUCAAGCUUUCAAGAAGACUGGAGCACAGCAAGAAUCAAACAAGACAUUUAUAUAAAGUUGCUGUAAAUGUUCUCUUCCGUCAAACUUCUGGUUUUAAUUUACAUAAACAAUUUAAUCUCAUUUUCCGUCCAAACUACUCUGAGUAUUAACAGUCAGCAUUUCUGCCGAUCAGUAAAAAUCAGUGUUUUCUUUGCCUCUUUUCUUCUAAAAGAGAAAAAUCUGAAUCUUUUCCUGAAUCUUUCUGUUUUGUAUUUGUUCUACGAUUGUAUUCCUAGUUUUAGGUUUCUGCCAUGACACCUGGUUGAAAAGAUGUGACUGCUAAUGAACAUGUUUAUGUAAAACAGUGAUUAAAAACCAGCCACCUAUCUUUGUAGUUUUGACAUGUUUGUUUUGACUGUUUAUUUUAUUUGGUUUAUUUUGUAAAUUAUGUGAAUAAAUGUUGGAUUUUUUUUACUCUUAA